GGUCCUCCUGUGUUUCCGUCGAGCCCCUCGACCCUAGGUACUAGUUCUAUGCUGCACGUGCCCUCUGUCUCUUUUACAAAAAUGGCGUCGUUGGAAAAGGAGGAUUUUUGGGGGUGUGUUCUAAGCAAAAGUGAAGACACAGUUACAUGGAACCCAGAGUUUGACGGCGAAGACACUCUUUUAGGUCAAAUCGAACACAAGCUUGUUUUGAGUCAGGCAUGUCUAGGCAGCAAGGCAACAGGGAAAAGCAUGGUAGAAGUGACAUCAAUGGACUUUAAAGGAGAUGACAGUACCCAUACCAUUGUUUCCUUGCGAGAGGGAGCAACAGAAAUGUGUGCACUCAAUCUUGCAUUCUCUCCACCAGUCACCUUCAAGCUAGCAAGUGGUAACGGCCCAGUCCACCUUACUGGAAAUCAUGUUCAAAGCCUAACAGAAGAUGAUGAAAGUGAGAGUGAAUCUGAGGAAGAGGAAGAAGAGGCAGCUAAAGAUAUCAAGAAGCCGGACGUGCAGAAACGACCACUAGCAGUCAACAGUGACAAGAGCCCACCCAAGAAAGUUGCAAAAGUAGAAAAAGACUCGGACUCAGAUGAAGAAGAAUCAGAGGAGGAGGGAAUGGAGCUUGACAAAGUUAAACAGGGCAACUUAUUUGAUAAAGAGGCUGAAGAGGCCUCAAGUGACGAGGACGAGGAGGAGGAUAGUGAUGAAGAUGAUGACGAAGAUGAUGAUGAUGAAGAUGACGAGGAGGAGGAAGAUAGUGAUGAAGAUGAGAGCGAGGAUGAAGUUGCAGAGGCUUUGACAGCAAAGAAGAAGGGACAGGAGAAGAAACAAGUCACAAAUGGUGUUGCUCCAAAAGCUGACAAAAAGCAAACAGGAAAGGGCGCAACACCAGGCAACAAACAAAUGCCUGCAGGGAAGGCUGUAACACCAAAAGAUAAAAAACAACCCGGGAAAAAAGAGACCCCUGCCGGAAAGAAAGCAGAUGGCAAAAAGGCUACUCCUGGUUCUGGGCCAAGGGACAUAGAGGAGGUCAAGCAAGCACUCCUUAAGUCUCCUGCUCUCCCAAAGAAACUUGACAAGUUCAAGAAUUUAAUGAAGUCCUCAUACAAAAUCACCAAUGAUAAGACAAUUUCUGAGGUGUGGGACUUUGUACAGAAGAACAAGAAAUAAGACUGCAAACUUUAUCAUGUAGUUUAGUUCACUUGUAACUAAUAAACAACAUCCAACGACCCCAAA